AUGUCUGAUACCCAGAAGCCCGUCGAGGAGACCCCUGUGGCCGCUCCCUCUGCUGCCACCGAAACCCCCGCUACCCCUGCUGUUGAGGCUUCUGCCACCGAGACCCCUGCCGCUGAGGCCCCUGCUGCUGAAGCCCCCAAGGACACCGCUGCUGAGACCCCCGCGGCUGCCGCUGAGGAGAGCAAGACCGAUGCUCCGGCUGAGGAGGAGGCUAAGGAAGUGACCCCGGCCUCCGAGGGUACCCUUGGAUACAAGGCCCCCGGUCUCGUCAAGAGUCUCCGCUUCGCCAAGCGAUUCUUCUACUUCAAUGACGAGGCCAUCGAGGCCAAGCAGCUCUCCGUCUACCGUGCCAACGAGAAGCCUGCUGUUGCUAACCCCAUUGUCGCGUGGGCUAGCCAGACCGGCAAGGGUCUGCUCUUCUUCACCAAGCGCGCUGAGGACAAGGCUACCCCAUCCGGAAUUAUCAGCCUCGCGGACAUCUCUGAUAUCACCAAGGAUGGCUCCAGCGAGUUCCACUUCAAGCUAAGCGGCCACAAGCACACUUUCCAGGCCUCCAACACCGCCGAGCGCGACAGCUGGAUCGCCGCCCUUGAGGCCAAGUCCACCGAGGCCAAGGCCGAGAAGGAGACCAUUACCUCUAGCGAGUCCUACAAGGCUGAGCUCGAGAAACUGACCAAGCCUGUUGUUGUUGAGGCCCCCAAGAAGGCUGCUGAGCCUAAGGAGGAGGCUAAGGACGAGGAGACCAAGAAGGAGGAGGAAGCUCCCGUUGCCGCUGCUGCUGCUCCUACUGAGGAGACCAAGGACAAGGACGCCAAGAGCCGCUCCCGCUCUCGCAAGAGAACUUCCAUCUUCGGCACCCUCCUUGGAAAGAAGGAGGAGGCUGAGGAGAAGAAGGAGGAGAAGAAGGAAGAGGCGAAGACUGAGGAGGCUCAGCCCGCUGCUGAAACUCCUGCCGCCACCGAGACUCCUGCCGCAGAAACCGCCCCUGCUGUCGAGACCCCUGCUGCUGAGGCUCCUGUUGUUGCUGCUCCUGCUGAGACUGAGGAAAAGAAAGAAGAGGAGAAGAAGGAGGAGGCUGAGCCCGCUGUUCCCGCCAAGACCAAGCGCAGCUCCAUCUUCGGCAACUUCUUCCAGAAGGUCACCAGCCCUUCCCAUGAGAAGACCGAGAAGGAAGCUGCUGCUCCCGCUGAACCCGCUCCUGUUGCCAGCACUGCUCCUCAGCUCGACAACCCCGUCGAGGAAGCUGCCAAGCCCAUUGAGCCUGAGAGCGUGACUGCUGCUCCGGAGGUUGAGGCUGCCAAGGAGGCCGCUCCUGAGUCCCCUGCCGCCGAGUCUCCCGCUGCUGCCACCAAGGACAAGCGCCGUACCUCGUUCUUCGCCAACUUCGGCAAGAAGAAGGGUGGUGAGUCUGACACUGAGACCACUGAGGCCGAGACCAAGCCCAAGGGCAACAAGCUCGGUGGCCUUUUCCGUAAGCCCAGCAAGGCCGUGAAGCCCGAGUCCAAGGAGACCGCAGCCACCGAGGCUGAGCCCAAGGCUGACAAGACCGAGCCCGUUGCCGAGGCCACCCCCGCGGAGGAGAGCUCCAAGCCCGCUGACGCUCCCGUUGCUGAGGAGGCUAAGCCCGUUGUCGCCCCCACUCCUGUCCAGGCUGCCGCUUGA